AUGUUGACGAAGUUUGAGACGAAGAGUAAUCGGGUGAAAGGGUUGAGUUUCCAUAGCAAGAGGCCAUGGAUCUUGGCGAGUCUUCACAGUGGCGUGAUCCAGCUCUGGGAUUACCGCAUGGGCACUCUCAUUGAUCGGUUUGAAGAGCAUGACGGGCCUGUUCGAGGCGUCCAGUUUCAUAGAUCGCAGCCGCUUUUUGUAUCCGGAGGUGAUGAUUACAAAAUCAAGGUGUGGAAUUACAAACUGCACAGAUGUCUGUUUACUCUUCUUGGUCAUCUUGAUUACAUUCGGACUGUUCAGUUUCAUCAUGAGUCUCCCUGGAUUGUAAGUGCUAGUGAUGAUCAGACAAUUAGAAUAUGGAACUGGCAAUCUCGGACUUGCAUUUCUGUAUUGACUGGGCACAAUCAUUAUGUUAUGUGUGCCUCGUUUCACCCCAAAGAAGACCUUGUUGUUUCAGCCUCUUUGGAUCAGACCGUGCGUGUUUGGGAUAUCGGCGCGUUGAGAAAGAAAACAGUAUCCCCUGCUGAUGACAUUCUGCGAUUGUCUCAAAUGAACACUGACUUUUUUGGUGGGGUUGAUGCUGUUGUGAAGUAUGUAUUGGAAGGCCAUGAUCGGGGUGUUAACUGGGCUUCUUUCCAUCCGACUCUCCCUUUGAUUGUUUCUGGAGCAGAUGACCGUCAAGUUAAAAUCUGGCGCAUGAAUGAUACAAAGGCUUGGGAAGUGGACACAUUGAGAGGCCACAUGAACAACGUGUCAUGUGUUCUAUUCCAUACAAGACAGGACAUCAUUGUCUCAAACUCAGAAGAUAAGAGCAUCCGAGUCUGGGAUGCGACGAAAAGAACGGGCCUGCAAACUUUCCGUAGAGAGCACGACAGGUUCUGGAUCCUUGCGGCUCAUCCUGAGAUGAACCUCCUGGCUGCCGGUCAUGAUAGUGGCAUGAUUGUUUUCAAGCUGGAGAGAGAGCGCCCUGCUUUUUCUGUUAGCGGUGAUUCCCUUUUCUAUGUCAAGGACAGGUUCCUCCGUGCAUUUGAGUAUUCUUCACAGAAAGACACACAGCUGAUACCCAUUCGUCGUCCUGGUUCUAAUAGCUUGAAUCAAGGGCCUCGAGCACUCUCCUACAGCCCUACGGAAAAUGCUGUCUUGAUCUGUUCAGACAUUGAUGGGGGAUCGUACGAGCUUUACAUAAUUCCCAAAGAUAGCUAUGGCAGAGGCGACACAGUUCAGGAUGCAAAAAGAGGUGUUGGGGGCUCAGCAGUCUUUGUUGCCCGAAACAGGUUUGCCGUGCUUGAGAAGAGCACCAACCAUGUCCUGGUCAAGAACCUGAAAAAUGAAAUUGUGAAAAAGAGCGCUCUCCCUAUAGCUACGGACGCCAUAUUCUAUGCGGGCACAGGAAAUCUACUGUGCAGGUCGGAGGACAGGGUUGUCAUCUUUGAUCUCCAGCAGAGGAUUGUUCUUGGGGACCUUCAGACCUCUUUUGUCCGGUAUGUAGUCUGGUCUCCGGAUAUGGAGAGUGUUGCCUUAUUGAGCAAACACUCGAUCGUUAUUGCUGAUAAGAAGCUGGGCCACCGCUGUACCCUUCAUGAGACUAUCCGUGUCAAGAGCGGGGGCUGGCAGGAUAACGGUGUCUUUAUCUACACAACCUUGACUCACAUCAAAUACUGCCUUCCCAAUGGGGACAGUGGGAUUAUCAAGACUCUGGAUGUCCCAGUGUACAUCACCAAGAUAUAUGGGAGCACAAUCUUUUGCCUGGAUCGAGAUGGGAAAAACUGCCCCAUCAUCAUUGACCCUACAGAGUAUGUGUUCAAGCUGUCCCUUCUGAAGAAGAGAUAUGACCAGGUCAUGAGCAUGAUAAAAAACUCGGAGCUGUGCGGGCAGGCCAUGAUUGCUUACCUGCAGCAGAAAGGUUUCCCUCAGGUCGCCCUCUAUUUUGUUAAGGACGAGCGGACCCGCUUCAACCUCGCCCUUGAGAGUGGCAACAUCGAGAAAGCACUUGAAUCCGCCAAGAGAAUAGACGAGAAGGACCACUGGUACAGGCUGGGUGUGGAGGCUCUCCGCCAGGGAAAUGCUGGCAUUGUUGAGUACGCAUACCAGAAGACCAAAAACUUUGAGCGGCUCUCCUUCCACUACCUCAUAACUGGAAAUUUAGAUAAACUCUCCAAGAUGAUGAAGAUUGCUGAGGUGAAGAAUGAUGUCAUGGGCCAGUUUCAUGAUGCCUUGUAUCUUGGAGAUGUUCUCGAGCGCGUGAAGAUUCUUGAGAAUGCUGGCCACCUGCCCCUCGCAUACAUCACUGCCUCUGUUCACGGUUUACAAGACGCCGCUGAGCGUUUGGCUGCUGAACUCGGCGAUAAUGUCCCUUCUGUUCCUGAGUGGAAGAGAGCUUCACUCUUGAUACCACCACAGCCCGUGCUUUGCGCAGGGGACUGGCCCCUGCUGAUGGUCAGCAAGGGCAUAUUCGAGGGCGGUCUCGAUGAGGCGGCCAGGGGUCCCUCCGAAGUGGAGUACUACGAUGAGGCGGCUGAUGCUGACUGGGGUGAGGGCCUUGAUAUUGCUGACGUGGACAAUAUCCAGAAUGGUGACAUUAGUUUGGCAGUUGACGAGCUUGUUGCACACAAGGACGAGGAUGGUGAAGAGGAGGGUGGGUGGGACCUCGAGGACCUCGACCUCCCAGCCGAAACACCAACCAAGGUGGAUAACACUUCACGUUCGUCCAUUUUUGUGGUCCCCACCCCAGGCAUGCCCGUUAGCCAGAUCUGGGUUCAGCGUUCGUCCCUGGCUGCCGAGCACGUUGCUGCUGGAAACUUCGAUACAGCCAUGCGCCUGCUGAGCCGCCAGCUGGGCAUCACGAAUUUUGCCCCUUUGAAAUCGCAGUUUGUUGACCUAUACGCGGGCAGCCACACCUAUAUACGUGCUUUCACCUCGGCUCCCGUUAUCUCGCUCGCGAUCGAAAGGGGCUGGAGCGAGUCGGCAAGUCCAAACGUCCGCGGGCCCCCGGCACCCAUCUUCAAUUUCUCACAGCUGGAGGAGAAACUCAAAGCUGGCUACAAGGCCACGACAGCUGGGAAAUUCUCGGAGGCCCUGAAGAAUUUUCUGUGCAUCCUCCAAACGAUACCACUGAUAGUGGUCGAUACUCGUAGGGAGGUAGACGAGGUGAAGGAGUUGAUUGUGAUUGUAAGAGAGUACGUUCUUGGUUUGCAGAUGGAUCUCAAGAGAAGGGAAUUGAAGGACAAUCCGGUUCGUCAGCAGGAGCUAGCUGCUUACUUCACACACUGCAACCUCCAGCUUCCCCACACACGACUUGCAUUAGCGAAUGCCAUGACCAUAUGCUUUAAAGCACAGAAUUUGAGUACAGCCGCGAAUUUUGCCAGGAGGCUCCUGGAGACGAACCCGAGCGUGGAGAGCCAGGCGAGGAUUUCUCGCCAGGUACUCCAGGCAGCUGAGAGGAACAUGAAGGAUGCAACGCAGCUGAAUUAUGACUUCAGGAACCCGUUUGUGGUGUGUGGGGCCACAUACGUACCGAUCUACAGGGGGCAAAGGGAUGUGACGUGCCCAUACUGUGGGACCCACUAUGUUCCGGCGCAGCAGGGACAGGUAUGUGCGGUGUGUGAUCUCUCGGUGAUUGGGUCUGAUGCAUCGGGCUUGCUGUGUUCUCCUUCGCAGGUCAGAUGA